AUGGCGCAGCAGCAGCAGCAGCAGCAGCAGCAGCAGCAGCAGCUGAGUCUGUUGGAGGCCAGAGUGUUGGAUGAGCGCAUGCGUUUGCUGCUGCAUGCGGGGGGGUUUGACUUUACUGCUGCUGAGAAGCAGCAAAUAAUCCGGGACACCAACAGGUGCUUCCUGUGGUCUUGCUGCUGCGGCGCUGCUGCUGCUGCUGCUGCGCGGCGAAUCACCCCAGUCAAGGCAACGCAGGUGUUGUGUUUCUUGGUGGGGUCUGUGGGGGGUUUGGCGCUGCUGUCGCCGCUGCAGCGGCAGCAGCAGUGGCAGCAGCUGCUGCAGGCCCCUCUUGUCUAUCACUUCUUCCAAAUACUUGUCCGCCCGAAAACAUUCUCCUGUCACUUCGUCCUCCACCAUAAAGUCCGUGAACCGGUCCACGUGCCCUGCAGCAGCAGCAGCAGCAGCAGCAGCAGCAGCAGCAGCCCCGAGGUUCAAGGCAAACAUGAGGUUGAAGGGUGGAAAGAGCUUGUUGAAAGCGCUGAGCGAGUUCGAGUUGCUGCUGCGUCUGCUGCUAAGAAACGUGCUGCUUCUGUUAUACGCUUUGCCCUUCCUGCUGCUGCUGCUGCUGCUGCUGCUGCUGUGCAUGCAGCUAGGCCCUAUCGGUCUUGGAACGACAUCCUCUUCGAGUCAUUUCUACAGCCGGAGCAGCAGCAGCAGCAACUGCAGCGGCGGCAGCAGCAGCAACUGCAGCAGCAGCAGCAGCAGCAACAACUGCAGCAGCAACAACUGCAGCAGCAGCAACUACAGCAGCAACUGCAGCAGCAGCAGCUGCUGCAACAGCAGCGCCACUACGAUUUGCCGGGGCAGCAAGAGCAGCAAUGGCAGUAG